ACAAAAAAAAACAUACUCUGGCACCUCUGCCUGACCUUGGGUUUACUUUCUCUAGUUCGUAAAAAAAAAUAAAUAAUAAAGAUGGUAAAUAUGUAGAUAAACAAAUAAGUAAAUGAAUGGUUAAGUAAAUUAAUAAUUCGUAACAUAUAAAUGAACGCUGAAACGAAUACAGAUCAUGAAUAAACAAAAAUGAAAAAUGAUUAAAUAAAAGCGCUUUAGCACCUCAGCAAGAAACGACUUGGUCCAGUCAUCAUUUCACAAUUUAUCAAUAAAAAGGUAAAUAUAUAAAUCUAUACACAUACAAGAAUCCAACCUUAUACACUUUAAUCAAUCUAAGAAAUGAAUGAGCGAAUUAACGCGUCUACAAAUCGGGCAUCUGUCCAAAACCAAAUAUGGCCUUGAUGGUGGAAUGGUGUGUGUGUGUGACAGGUAGUCCACACACAAUUCUCUUUUGUGUGUGUACGUGUGAGUGUGUGAAAGGAGCUGGUGGGAAGACGCGGAAGAGUUAACGAUGCAGAGGAGCAGCAACAUGAGACACUUGCUCCGGAAUCCCUCGUUCCUUCAGCCGCUCCUUCGGCCUCACCUCCGAGGGGCAGCGUCGCGGGCGGCCGCUCUCGCCUCGCCGAAGGGCCCCGAGGCGGAGGAGGAGCGGCCGCCGCUGCCCUUCGAGGCGGUGCCCGGCCCAAGGCGCUGGCCGCUGCUCGGGUCCCUGCCCGCCAUGCUCGCGCACCCGGCCUUCGACUUCGAACGUCUUCCUCGACUGUGGAGCUCGUACUUCAAGGAGUUCGGGCCGACCUUCCGCCUGCGUCUGCCGGGCCAAGGAGACAUCGUGUACCUGUCGCAGCCGAAGGACAUCGAGUGCCUGAUGAGGGCCACGCAGGAGAACCCGAUCCGGCCGUUCCUCUUGUCGCUGAAGAAGGUGCGCCAACAGACGGCCUUCUUCAAGAAAGACCAGACGGGGAUCAUCACCGAGCAUGGCGAGGAGUGGUGGCGCGUCCGGCGACUCAUCCAGACCUACUCCAUGAGGCCGAAGAUCGUGGUUCAGUACCUCCCGCAGAUGGAUCUUGUGGCGAAGGAGUUUGUUGAAAGAAUUGCCAAACUACGCGACGGCGAAAAUGAACUUCCGGAAAAUUUUGUCCAAGAGCUUUUCAAAUGGUCGCUUGAGUCUGUGUGUUUGGUGACUCUCAACCGGCGAAUGGGAUGCCUCGAGGGCCGGCCAGAAGGUCUUAAGAUUAUCGAAACGUCGAGUAAGAUGUUUGAGGCCGUGACCGACUGCGAAUAUGGCGUCCAUUGGUGGAAAUUUAUACCAACGCCUUCGUACCGGAAUCUCAAGGCGUCGCAUGAUAUAAUGUUAGGACUGGCGAUCGAGGCGGUGCAACACGCGCAGGAGACCCUCGUGACUCGGGGUGAUUCGGAAGGCGAGCUCAAUCUGGUCGAAUCGCUGAUCGGAACUCCGGGUCUGUCGUUCGAAGACGUCGUCACUCACAUCAUCGACUUUUUCUUGGCUGCGACUGAUACGACUUCCAUGACAUUCAUCUUCACACUCUACAACCUGGCUCGACACCCACACGCCCAGGCGAAGUUACAAGAGGAACUAGACGAAGUGUUAGGGAGAGACCACACGGCACCUGUUACGCCUCAGCAGCUGGCCCGUCUCUCCUAUACGAAGGCGUGUGUGCGGGAGACCCUUAGAGUCUUUGCAGUUGCAGGCUUCGUUGCAAGAGAAUUGCACAAAGAUCUUGUUCUUGAUGGCUAUCACGUGCCCAAAGGAACGUACAUCUUCGCCAGCCAGUUCGAAUCCGGACAAAACGAAGAGGCUUUCCCGAACCCGGAUCAGUUCACGCCCGAGCGGUGGCUUCGCGGGAACAGAGGAGAGGAGGGAUCCGGUCAGAGCGCGGGCGUGGGCGUGGGCGUGGGCGCGGGCGUGGGCGUGAAGAAUCAGUUCGCUUCCAUCCCUUUCUCCGUGGGGCCGAGGAAGUGCAUAGGCAGCAGAAUCGCUCAGCAGGAGGUUUAUGUUCUCCUGGCGAGGCUUCUCCAGCGCUACAACGUAAGCUACCACCACACUCCCUGGGAUCCUGUGUUCAAGACCCUCUUGUUCCCAGAUCAGCCGCCGAAGUUCACCGUCACUGAACGCUAGUGGCAUGAUGUGGCGGCGGUGGUUAUAGGCUUGUUGGCCAUUCUGUUUGGUCAUCGGAUUGUAUGUUCAGGAAUGUUACGUCGCGGUGUGUUCGUGUUUGAUAUACGUUCGGGUGUGUGUGUGUGUAGAGAUACAGAGGCACAGACACACGCACAUACACAUGCACGUACACGUACACGUACACGGACACAUACAGACACACAGACACACAGACACACACACACAGACACAGACACAGACACACACACACACAUACACACUCACACACAGACACACACACACACAGACACACACACACACAGACACACACACACACACACACACACACACACACACACACACACACACACACACACACACACACACACACACACACACACACACACAAACACACACACACGCA